UGCUUUUCCAAGAUUCGGGCCGGAGAGAGGCCUUGUAGCCACAGCCGCUGAGGCUCGGUCGGCUUCGAGUAGGGGCUCCACCCCGGUUGGGAGCCUGGGGUCCGCGUUCUCCGAGCCGCACCUGCCCCCUCCCAGCGCCCCGGCCGACGGUAUGACCAGAAAGAAGUCGAUUCCCAGAUGCAAGAGUUAUGAAACAGCCAAUUUGCCAUAAAGUAAAAUGCAGCUGUGGCUUUUCUACCAGUCUAGCUAACUCAGCAGGCAAAGAAAACAUGGUGUUUUGAAGUAUGAUUAAACUCCUGAUGCUGCUUCAGAGGCUAAGAACAUUAAUGGAUAGAUCUAGCAUUCACAUGGUCUUCUGAAGAAGCCAUGGGUAGCUGUUGUAGCUGUCCAGAUAAAGACACUGUCCCAGAUAACCAUCGGAACAAGUUUAAGGUCAUUAAUGUGGAUGAUGAUGGGAAUGAGUUAGGUUCUGGAAUAAUGGAACUUACAGAUACAGAACUGAUUCUAUAUACUCGCAAACGUGACUCAGUAAAAUGGCACUACCUCUGUCUGCGACGGUAUGGCUAUGAUUCAAAUCUCUUCUCGUUUGAAAGUGGUCGAAGGUGUCAAACUGGACAAGGAAUCUUUGCUUUUAAGUGUGCCCGUGCAGAAGAAUUGUUUAACAUGUUGCAAGAGAUUAUGCAGAAUAAUAGUAUAAAUGUGGUGGAAGAGCCAGUGGUAGAAAGGAAUAACCAUCAGACAGAAUUGGAAGUCCCCAGAACACCUCGAACACCUACAACUCCAGGGUUUGUUGCACAGAACUUACCUAAUGGAUACCCCCGAUAUCCCUCGUUUGGAGACGCGUCGUCACACCCUUCCAGUAGACACCCUUCUGUGGGAAGUGCGCGGCUGCCUUCAGUAGGCGAAGAGUCAACACAUCCUUUGCUUGUGGCUGAGGAACAAGUACAUACUUACGUCAACACGACAGGUGUGCAAGAAGAACGGAAAAGCCGCACAAGUGUGCAUGUCCCAUUGGAGGCAAGGAUUUCUAAUGCUGAGAGCAACACACCAAAAGAAGAGCCUAGUAGUAUUGAAGACAGGGACCCCCAGAUUCUUCUUGAACCCGAAGGAGUCAAAUUUGUCUUAGGACCAACCCCUGUUCAAAAGCAGUUAAUGGAAAAAGAGAAACUGGAGCAACUUGGAAAAGAUCCAGUGAGCGGAAGUGGUGCAAAUAACACAGAAUGGGACACUGGAUAUGACAGUGAUGAGCGGAGAGACACACCCUCUGUUACCAAACUGGUGUAUGAAAAUAUCAAUGGGCUAUCUAUCUCUAGUGCCUCAGGGGUCAGGAGAGGUCGUCUGACAUCCACUAGUACCUCAGAUACCCAGAAUAUCAACAACUCAGCUCAGAGAAGAACUGCAUUAUUAAACUAUGAAAACUUACCAUCUUUGCCUCCUGUUUGGGAAGCUCGCAAACUAAGUAAGGACGAAGAUGACAACUUAGGACCAAAGACCCCAUCUCUAAAUGGCUACCAUAACAACCUAGACCCGAUGCAUAAUUAUGUAAAUACAGAGAAUGUAACAGUGCCGGCAAGUGCUCACAAAAUAGAAUAUUCGAGGCGUCGGGACUGCACACCCACUGUCUUUAACUUUGAUAUCAGACGCCCAAGUUUAGAACACAGGCAGCUCAAUUACAUACAGGUUGACUUGGAAGGCGGCAGCGAUUCCGACAACCCUCAGACUCCAAAAACGCCAACCACUCCCCUUCCACAAACCCCUACCAGGCGCACAGAGCUGUAUGCUGUGAUAGACAUCGAGAGAACUGCUGCUAUGUCCAAUUUGCAGAAAGCACUGCCUCGAGAUGAUGGUACAUCUAGAAAAACUAGACAUAACAGUACUGAUCUGCCCAUGUGAGCCUGGGAAGCAUUGCAUUGUGUGCACCUUUGUGAAGUUUUUAAAAAUGAAGAUGCCAAGUGCUUCAUUUUCAUUUCUAAACACUAACUCCUUUUAUAUAGACUGAUUAAAAAAAAUGUGUUUUUUUUUCCCCCCAGACUAUUUCAUGUGUUUCUUUAAAGGGAAUUAAUGUAGAGCAGGUACUCAUUACAGAACACUAAUUUCAUUGUAUUCUAAUCAUUGUACAGCAGCAUUCCCAUUUUCACAGUGCCUAUUUAAAAUUAAAGUGAAUGACAUGCUGAGUUGAAGUGAAUACAUGCUGGUUGAUUUUGAUCAAUAUUCUGGACUUUUGCAUAUGACUUCAUUCUAAGGUCACAGUUGGCAUAUAAAACAUUCUGUAAGGCCUCCUGAUAAAAAUGUGCGUUGCUAAUAGCUAACUCUAAGCCUGGAAAGUAAUCUUUGUAGAUUCACUAUUCAUUGUAUACGGCCUCCAGCAUGUAACAUGAGGAAUCCUUUAUUCCAUUAAUUACAGGCUUUUUGACUUGAGCCAAACCAUAUUUAAAGUAAAUAGAAGUACCACUCCUGACAUACUAGUCAAUAUCUUUGCCUUCAGCAGUCCUAUAAAGUCUUAUAUCCAUGAAUAUCGUUUGCUGUUGGUGGGUUGAAAGGCAGGAAGGAGACAGAUUUUCUGCUUACUCAUCUCAUGAUGUCAUUUGAAAGGCAUGCCUAGAGAAUGGUAAUCAGAAUUAUAGCAGGCUCAAGAAAUCAGUCUCAGGUCACUUUACCCAAAAACAUUUGAAAAUUUGAACCAGGAUCUCUGGGAAUUUUUUUCCCCCUCCCUAUAGAUCCUUAGCAGUAACAUUGUUUUUGGAGGCAUUUGUGCCAUUAGGUGUUUCCAUUUACUUUCAGUUUGGUGUUUGGGUUGUCACAUUUUGUUGUUUGAUGUCUUUUUUCGGUUGAAAAUGUUUUGAGUUUGUAUAUAGUUUUGAAAUUGGAUUAUGUGUUCAUUGUCGUUUAGUUUGCCUUUUUGUCAGAUUGUGGUUUCGAAGGUUCAUUUGGAACUUACUGUUAUUCUAUAACAGGGUUGCCCUUGUCCAGUAUUUAUUUAUAUGCUGUUUACUUUUCAAGUUGAUAAAAAAAAAAAAAAAGCCUUCUCUCUCAUUUAAAUUCCACUUUGUCCAUAAAUGAUCUCUUUAGCAGCUGGAGAAAAGAAAAAUUAAUAAAAAAAAAAAAAAAAAAAAAAGGAAUCUACUUUUAACACAUAAAGUUCCCAGAAGGUUCUGUGCUUUCUCUGUGGGCACUCUUCCCCAGCACUUUAGCAGGGAUUCCCUCAGUCACAUGGCUGGCUGCAGUUGUACUCUGCCCACUGUACUGCUCCUCGGCUCUGCUGUUCUUUUACUCAUAGCUGGAUCUUUGAUUAUUCUUCAGUUUCAAUAGAAAGAUAGUAUUGUUGCCAGCAUAGCAGGUACAGUGGAAAUGUUGUAGCAAUUAAAUUGUGUCAAAGUUUUGGAUUUAGAAUGAAUUGAAGUUAUAUAAACUGAUGAUAGUCCAUGUCUUAACUCUGAAAAUCAAGAAUGUUCCAGUUUCCCAAACUCUACAGAAGACAAGAAGAGAUAGGAUGGAGUAAAGGUUGAGUAACCUUAUAAAAUAUUUUACUGUUUUCUCUAAAUAUGAGGAAAGUAGAUGUCAUGAUCUGGAUUGACCAGAUGUUACCAAGAUUAAUUUAGCAUGAAAAGUUUCAGUCAUAUAGCAUCCAAUAGCCAACCUAAUUAUAGGACAGUAAACAGAUUAGCAGAAUAAUAGGGUGGGACCAUUAUAAAGAAAACAAAUCAUGAAAGAUGUCUUUAUUAUUUUCAGUGCCAUUGGUUUAUGUGCAUAGCAGAUUUUUUUUUUCCUGUGAACUUGGUGCUUACUGUUCUCUAAAGAGAACUUUGGUAUAGAUGUGCAGUUUCUAUUUUUAGUAUAUUGUCCCAUUUACACUUUCUUCUGAGUAGAUUGCUAAUUGUGCCAAAUUUAUGUAAUGAUUUUUGUAAUGUGGAGUAAAAAUUGUGAUGGAACACAUGGUUUUCUCUGAGACAAGCAGUCAAAACAGAACACUAACCUCCAAAUGAAAGGGCUGACCUAUUUAUUCAUUUUGGAGAUUAUUCUGUUUUCCUUACCUUUCUUAUUUCCCCCUCCAGAUUCUAAUAGUUUUUUGUUGUUGUUGUUGUUGUUGUUGUUUUUAAGAUAACUCCAACAUGUUCAUUACAGCUCAUGCUUUAAAUACUAUAUGCUUUAAAAACAAAAACGGGACCAAUUUGUCUGCUAAGAAUUUGAAUUUAGGUACUAUGAUUGUUAGGAAGAUGUGUGCAACUGGUGUUAAUUUCUAGAUGGUUUUUCUGGAAAUCCCUGUAUUCCUACAACACAAAAGGUAAUGUAGAAUACUACUUGUCUUUUACAGUAGUCUAGUAAUGGGCAUUAAGCUCUAUCCUGGAAGGAUGUACCUAUUAUUAGGUGCAUUUUAGAUUGAGCUUGUUUAUUGGCAUAUAAUGUGUGGCCAUAUACUUCAGAUAUUCUGAAACACACCCAAUUUUAGGUAUUCUAUUUGUUCAUAGACCUUGUGAUCCCUUUUUUGUUUGUUUGUUUUUUGUUUUGGGGAUUAGAACUGUUGCUCAUCUCUUUUCCCCCAAAUGGAAUUCUUUUUUGAUCCAUUAGAGCCUAACAGCUUUUAUCCCAGACCAGGGUUGGAAACUGAUAUGGGUAUUAUCUGUUGUUUUUUUUCUUAAAUGUUUUAUUUCCCAGUUUCAUCUUCCUUUAAAAAUGAAAAUAUGGUGCCUUCCCUCCCUCCAGGAAGAUUGGCAAAUAGUUCCUUUUAUUUACUGCUGCUGUGGAGUGAUGAGAUAUGCACUUUACUCUUGAAGACUCAGCAAAAAAAAAAACCUUUUCACUUCCCAGUAUAUCCAGAAUAGAUGACAUUGGGGACCUAUGAAAAUUUGCCAAGCAGUCUUUGUUUUUAUAGAUAUUAAUGCUGACCCUACAGUUCAUUGUUGUAAGUUGAACUAGUAUUUGUUUACCCAUCCCCAUUAAAAAAAAAUCUGUGGCACAACAUAUAAAAAUGUACCUCAAUGAUGUUCUAUUAAAAAUGGGACAGGGGCCUUAGGUUUUCAUAAUUUCCCAAUAAUGUGCCACCACAUUUUGCCUCAAGGUAUAAAGUUUAACAAGUUAAAGUACUUCCCACAUCCCUUUGUGUUGUCUCUAAACCAUAAUGCCCAAGUGUUUUGUGCAAUGUGUAGUGUGUAUAUGUAAAUAUACAUUAUAUACCCUUGAAACAAACAUGCCACCAGAGAAUAAUUCAGAAGUAACUGAUGUAUUGAUAUCACAUUCAUAUUUCUGAUAUGUGAGGUAUAUGGUACUAAUUACCUUUCCCCUAAUGUUUGCCAAAUUUGAAUAAAGGCAUUGGUACGAAAUUAUAGAAUGUACAGACCACGUUCUUGGUUUGAAAAAUUGGCAUACUUUCUGACAUACCACAGUAUACUCUACCCAAACCAGCACCCUAUCUUUUCUGUUCUGUUUAUCCCUAUUCCUCUUUCCUGCUUCCUCAUUUUUGGGGGGUAUGAUUAAUUCUUUUGUAGCAUCAUUACAAUUGCAAUUUUAUGACAAUUGGACAAUAGCAUGGAAAUGAACUGGUAUUAAUAGUACAGUAGUCACCAGUGUGCCACAUUUGCAUUAGUAAAUGCAAAAUAUAUGUUUUAUAAAGGACAAAUUUUGUGUUGUUUUUAUUUUCAUUACAUUGUAUAAUAUAUUAAUGUAAGAUUAUUGUCUGUCCUAAUUUGCAUUAUAAAUGUUUUUUUUCCUACAUAAAGGCAUAAAUAUAGCAACUUUGUAUAAAGGUAGCUUAUUAGAUUUUUAAUUUUUUUCUUUUAUAAAAAAUUGUCUUAACAGUGGGACUACCAUUGCCAAAUUGUAUAUGAAAUAUAAAUUUUACCCCCUGAGGUUAAUUUCUUUCAUAAACAUUCCAUAUUUCUCUAAUAAAAGACAUAAGUGAUACUGUACUAUGCAUCAAUCGUAUUUUAAUGCUGUUUCCUAUCAGCAUUUUAAAAUUUGGGUUGCAUCUUCAAUAUAGGCAAAAUUUACCACUGUUGAUUAAAGCCUUGUUGUAUAUGUAACAACAUCUUUUGCCUUCUACCCCUUCCCACCUUUUGUUUCUAUUUCUCCCUACCAGUGCCAACAUCAUACAUUUUGUAGCAUGGCAAUAAAAAUGCAACUUUAUACUGAGGCGAGUGUGGCUUUCUGGAGGAAAUGGAGAUGGGAGGAUUGUCCUCUAGUGUUUUUGCAUCCCGACUCUUGGCCAUACAAGCCAUGUCUCCAUGCAUGAAAAAGUUAAUCUCAUAUAUAAUGGAAACAUGCUUCCAUUAUAAGGACGAGUGUCAAUGUGCUUUUAAGUUUAGUGUGUGUGUGUAUGUGUGUGUGUGUGUGUGUGUGUGUGUGUGUGUGUGUGUGUGUGUUUUAAUAACAAAUAACAAGUUUUAUCAUCUUUGGAAAAGUUAGAGUUCUUGAAGUACAAUCAAACCUCUAUUAACUGGAGUACUUAAAUAAUAAGCUAAUUGAAUUUACUUCAACAAGGGCUAAGUUUUAAAAAAUAUUUAUUGUUGAAUACUAGUAUGCUGUCCUAAAAUUAUAUGUAAAAUAUGGUUUAAUCAUAGAUGAUGCAGAAUCUUUCAAUGCCUUACUGUUGUCAUUCUGGCAUAGAUUUCCAUAGUGAGGUGCUCACAUUGAUACUGGAACCUGAGUUGAGUAUACACUGACCAUAAGCAUUCAUGAAAAACUGCUUUGUUGAGUAAAAAUCCGAUCGGAGUUCUUAUGGUUACUUUCCCCUUAUUGCUGAAAGUAGAUUGCAAUAAAACCCCAAUAAAAUGUUGGUUGGCUACUUA